AUGGCCGAACAAUGCAUCUCCCUCCAGGGCUCAACGGCAUGUCCAUCGUUUCAGUCCGCGUCCAUAUCAACAGAUUCUACGCUCGUGGGCUUCUUUUCGUUCCUCCAAUACGUAUCGGACCGCGCGUCUUUUGAUGCACAGCUCGAGUCUUACGUCCAGACGACAUACGUGCAGGACAAAUAUCAGACAUUAUUUGGCUGUGGUAAUAUCGAGCUGACGAACACUUCCAACCUCUACGCACGCUUCACGACUUCUGUAAUAUGUAAUGCCAUCGUGCAGAACUCGAUCAACCCCUGCGGAUUGCAAUCCUCACAAUCGCAACCUCUUUGCGCCGACACAUGUGCACAAUUUGCACAGGCCGAGGCGUACUACGUGUCUGAUAACCAAUUAUGCUCAAAUCCCAGCAGUGGGGCUACUACACAAAUCAGGGCGGAUUUUACGAAUUGCGCUCUGCCUGCAGACUCGCUGUCCUCGGAUAACUGCAUCGAUGGCAUCGAAAACGAGCCGGACAACUGUGGAUACGGCAACAGCACCAUUGGUCUCUGCUCGUACUGCGCAUCUGGCGGCACUAACUCGACCGACACAUGUUGCUACAACUCAAAUGCCGAGGAACGCUGUGCAGGCGUGACACUGCCUUCCAUCACAUCCACCAUAACGCUUCCAACCUCCACGUCCAGCCCCUCUCCCUCCAGCACCGCAUCCGCCGGCAGAAGCGGCCUCAGCGGCGGUGCGAUCGCGGGGAUCGUCAUCGGGAGUAUCGCCGGUGCUGCGCUAAUAAUAGGCCUGAUAGUCCUGUGCUGCAUCUUCAUCAGACGGCGCAAGCGAGGCAGUCAGCAUGGAAGCAUAUUCAAUCAGCCGUCGCCCGCGCGGAGAGGCCCCAUGUCUCAAGCUGGGCCCCCUAACACGACACCGCACGGAUACGAAGCCUUGCCUGGCGGUAGGAUCGCUAGGAUGUCGGCUCUUGAGGGCCACUCAGGAGAUGCGCCUUCUCGCCAUUCCGAAAGUGCCGCGGCAGUGGGCGCUGUUAGAAGCAGACGCGUCGAAAACCACUCCUCCUCGAGUGAAUUCGGAGACAGUCCGCAGUCGGAACCCCGAGCAGGUGUCUUGCGACCACCACCAGCGUCGAUGCUGAAGAGGACGGGCUCACUGUCGAGCGGCUCCGUGCUUCUUGCCGGCGAGGAUGCUGCAAGCAAUGGGAUGUCUUCGCCCCAAGCAGUUGCCAGUCAGCAAUCAGAGCAGUUGCCAUACUUCAAGGACUACUACUCCCAAGACGAGAUUCAUCCUGGCGACCGCGUGGCCGUGCUUUGGGCUUACCAGCCGCGCGCUGCCGACGAGUUCGUCCUCGAACGUGGUGAUAUGCUCAAGGUUGUCGGCAUCUGGGAUGAUGGCUGGGCGACCGGCGUUAUGGUGGACGAGCGAGCCGAGGAAUGGGAGGCUAGGCGCCAACAGCAACGAGACAGCGGUGUCUCGAACACAUCCGGUCGUGGCCGUGAUCUAUCACCACCCGCCAGCGGCGAGAUCAAAGCCUUCCCGCUGGUUUGUGUCUGUCUUCCCGAGCACUGGAGAAAGACCAUCGACAGCGACACCUCGACCGAAGCCGCGUCCAGCGCUCACCAGCGCUGA